CGGGGCCCGGCCGAGACCCCGCGGGCGGGGCCGCUCCGGUUGCUGGGCUCCGCCGCCCUGGUGCUGCUGUCCUCCCGCAGGCUGCUGCCGCCCGGGCCGGCGGCUGCUCGGUCCCUGCGCUCCGCUCCCCCAGGAUGCACCAGCAGGACAUUGCCAAGGUCUGGCAGGACUGACCCACAGCAGCACUUACCAGAGGCUUCGAGAGUGGGAGCAGAACCCAGAGGAGUGGAGGGUGCUGAGCCUGGGCUCACCACACCAUGGGGGCAAACAGCUCCAGCAAGUCACCACCCUUUGAUGGGAAUGAGGAUGUUACCUUCGACCAUUUUGAGAUUUUGCGAGCUAUUGGGAAGGGCAGCUUUGGAAAAGUCUGCGUGGUGCAAAAGACUGACACCAAGAAGAUGUACGCCAUGAAAUACAUGAACAAACAGAAGUGUGUGGAGCGUAAUGAAGUGAGAAAUGUUUUCAAGGAGCUGCAGAUUAUGCAGGGCCUAGAACACCCUUUCUUGGUUAAUUUAUGGUACUCAUUCCAGGAUGAAGAGGAUAUGUUCAUGGUGGUGGACCUGCUGCUUGGAGGGGACCUGCGCUACCACCUCCGGCAAAAUGUGCGGUUCCAAGAGGGAACUGUGAAACUCUUCAUCUGUGAGCUGGUGCUGGCCCUUGACUACUUGCAGAGCAGGCACAUCAUCCACAGAGAUAUCAAGCCCGACAACAUUUUACUGGAUGAGCACGGACACGUGCACAUCACGGAUUUCAAUAUUGCCACGAUGCUGACGAAGGACAGCCCUGUCACCACCAUUGCUGGCACAAAGCCCUACAUGGCACCUGAAAUGUUUAGCUCCACAAAACCCACCAACUACUCCUUUGCCGUGGACUGGUGGUCGCUGGGAGUCACUGCCUACGAGCUACUCAGAACUCGGAGGCCAUAUCACAUUCGGUCCAACACUUCCACAAAUGAGAUCGCUCACGUGUUCAAGACGGCGGCGGUGACGUACCCGGCCGCGUGGUCCCCGGACAUGGUGGCACUGAUCAGGAAGUUGCUCGAGCUGAACCCCGAGAAACGUUUUUCUCAGCUAAGGGACAUCCAGUCCUUCCCGUAUCUGUCUGAUGUGAACUGGGAUGCUGUUCUCCAGAAAAGAAUAAUGCCAGAAUUCAUUCCCAUGAAAGGCAGACUGAACUGUGACCCAACCUUUGAACUGGAAGAAAUGAUCCUGGAAUCCAAACCUCUUCACAAAAAAAAAAAGCGCUUGGCUAAGAAGGAGAAAGACAUGAGCAAAAGCAAUUCAUCCCAGGCCAGCCACCUCCAGAAGCACCUGGAAAUGCUGCAGAGGGAUUUCAUUGUUUUCAACAGAGAAAAGGUAAGGCCCCACCAUGGCAGCAUCCAAGAGACCAUGACAAAAUGUGGAGGCCCACACAAGGAGAACAAUCAGAACAACAACCUCUGAGAACAGCUCAGCCCCUGCAGGAGACCUCCUCGUGGGACUGGGGCUCGCCCACCCAUGCACCUUCACAGUGUCAGGCCAUGGACUUGUCCUCUGCUGCUGGGACCCUGCUGGUAGCCCAGGGCACAGAGGAGAACUCGGGCACCCACUCCCUCAGCUUUCCACCCCACAGCUGGAGGGUCGUGAGCAUGGGGGGAGAACCUGGGGGGGGCUGCCUUGCAAUUGGCCACAGUUGGUUAGACUCAGAUCCUAUCAUAUUGCCUUUCCUGGGGGCAGGAAUGACACCACAAGACAACAGACAAGACAACAGUGUUCAUUGUUUUGGCUUGGCUGGCAGGUGCCACAGCCCUUGGUGUCACCAUGCAGGCAAUUGCUCAUGUGCCAAGAGGCUGAGCUGCGUUGUGCUGAGAGGUGUCCACAGCUGUGCCACACCUCAGGGCUCUGCAGAGGCUGGCAUUGCCACAGGGAUGGGCUCGUGGCUGGCUGCCCCACGGGGAAAGAGGUGGCUCCCUGAUGCAGGGUCUUCACCAGGGCAUUGUGACAAAAGUGGCCUUCGCUUACAGACAGCUCCUGCAAACAUCCUGUGAGGGUCGGCACAGGAGGCUGGAGAUCAGCUCCUUCCUUAGUUGGGAGCAGGCAGCAAAACUCCUGCCCAUUUAGCACUCUCUCCAUGUACCCAGCAGGGCUGGCAUGGUGGGUGGUCAGUGUGCAGACAGACGUGGACACCAAGCGGUAACAACCAGUCGCUGGUGAAUCUAGAUGCUUUACCAGUCUAGCCUGAAAAAUACAUUCACCAUCAUGUUAAGCUGUUGCAGCGCACUGACUUUGAUGGGAUUUGGCUUCAAAAACCAGAUGGGAAUUUGAAUGUGUAUUUUGAAUCUCUCUACCACUGAAAUCACAUUUGAUUUAAGCAGACUGUCUUCAGGAACAACCACACUGCUGGUGUGGUCUUGGCAAGACUGAGAUUGGCCAAAGCAUUGCUACUGCCAGGAUAUGCCCCAGGUAAUGCCGAGAAUGAUGCUAUUAUUUAAAUGCUUUGACAGGCCUGAGGUUUCACCUCCUUAUUUGACAUUUUUCCCAUUCUUAGCAAUGUAGCGAAUGCAUAGUGAACUCUUUGCCCUGCAUUAACCCAAAGGUAAACGUCCUCUCUGCUCCCUGUGUCUCUGCAGUGGCUUGCAGUGGCAUCCCAGCAUCGAGCAGUGCAGUUCAUGCCUAAAACAAGCUUUAGUUUGGUGUCUCCCGUGUUCUGGCCCCUCGUGCAGUGGUGCGGGGGGGUGUCCCAGGAUCAGCUGCUCCCCAGCUGGCUGCCAGCCAGCCCCGCGGGGCGCCGGGC